GUCACCCAGAGAACGUUGCUCUCUCGCUCUUUCGCGUUUUGCUCCUCUAAACUCGAAAUCCGCGUGCAAAAAAUCUUAUCGCAGUCGUCUAAUACGUAGGCAGUUGUGCGUGACAUGCGUGGAAACACGUGUCAUCGUGCGAACGUCUCGUGCCGUUUUAACGCCUAGAGAGCAAAUUUUUAUUGCAAUCCUCGUAGUAGGCACUACUGGCUAUCGCGAAAAAUUACUUCUUACGCUGUACCGAAUCGGGGACUUUUUCCGUUUAAAUUGCAAGUUUGCAAAGCCAAGUCGAGCUUCCAUUCGCUCAUGACCUUGACAAGGUCAAUCUUAUCAAGCUUAACAAGUUUGACAGUAUUAAGCUUGCGACGAUACAGCACCAAUAUGCCAAUUGUCAGUGUUAAAGCUCGUCAGAUCUACGACUCACGUGGUAACCCCACUGUCGAGGUUGACCUUGUAACGGAGAAUGGACUCUUCCGUGCUGCAGUUCCAUCGGGAGCAUCAACUGGAGUGCACGAAGCUUUGGAACUGAGAGAUAAUGACAAAUCACAGUACCAUGGCAAGUCGGUCUUCAAGGCUGUUGAUAACAUCAACAACAUCAUUGCUGGUGAAUUGUUGAAAUGUGGAUUGGAAGUAACUCAGCAAACAGAGAUUGACAACUUAUUGCUGAAACUUGACGGAACACCAAACAAGGCUAAGUUGGGAGCCAAUGCUAUUUUGGGUGUCUCUCUUGCUGUGUGCAAAGCUGGUGCUGCCAAAAAGGGCCUCCCUCUAUACAAAUACAUUGCUGAACUAGCUGGAAACACUGAAAUCAUUCUACCAACCCCAGCUUUCAAUGUCAUCAAUGGUGGUUCACACGCUGGCAACAAAUUGGCCAUGCAGGAAUUCAUGAUCCUCCCAACUGGAGCUAAGAACUUCACUGAAGCCAUGAAAAUGGGUAGUGAAGUUUACCAUCAUUUGAAAAAUGGAAUCAAGAAGAAGUUUGGUCUUGAUGCCACGGCUGUCGGCGAUGAGGGUGGUUUUGCUCCCAACAUUUUGGACAACAAAGAGGGUUUACUCUUGAUCAUUGAUGCUAUCAAGGCUGCUGGUUAUGAAGGUAAAAUCAAGAUCGGUAUGGACGUUGCCGCUUCCGAAUUCCACAAAGACGGCAAGUACGACUUGGACUUCAAGAACCCCAACUCCAACCCAAGUGAAUACUUGGAGCCUAAGGCUCUGCAAGACCUGUAUUUGGGAUGGGUUAAAGAAUUCCCAAUUGUUUCCAUUGAAGAUCCCUUCGACCAAGAUGGCUGGGAUUCGUGGACUAGCAUCACAGCCGCCACUCCAAUCCAAAUUGUUGGUGAUGAUCUUACUGUUACCAAUCCAGAAAGAAUUAAGACAGCUAUUGAGAAGAAGGCUUGCAAUUGCCUUUUGUUGAAAGUCAACCAGAUCGGUAGCGUAACCGAAUCGAUCAACGCCCACAAAUUGGCAAAGAGCGCAGGAUGGGGUACAAUGGUGUCUCAUCGAUCGGGUGAAACCGAGGAUACGUUCAUCGCUGACCUCGUAGUUGGUCUGUCCACCGGUCAAAUCAAGACUGGUGCGCCAUGCCGCUCCGAGCGCUUGGCCAAAUACAAUCAAAUUCUUCGUAUCGAAGAGGAGCUUGGCGCUGGUGCCAAGUACGCUGGCGAGAAAUUCCGCAAUCCCCAUGCUUAAGUUAUGAUAAAGUGCAGAAACGGAGGAAGAAGAAAAAGAAGAAGAAAAAAAGUGACGUAACAGUCAAUACUAUUUUUGUGUAUUUUAAUCACGUUGAAUUCGCGGGACUUAUCUCGAGAACGAUAAGUUAGUUUCGGGUCAACUCGUUCAGUUGCUUAAGACAGCGUUUAAACAAUAUGUUAAUUGCAUUAAAAUACAUAGCACGUAUUAAAAUGAGAAAAAAAUUCGUAAUACUCUUGUCUUGAACGAUGAUGUAGCAGUUACGUUUUUAGCCCAGAAAUGAAAAACUGGUGUAAAUAUAUUGAUUAAAAUUGAAGUAUCUGGCAAACAAAAUUGCUUAUUUAUGAGUGAGCUUAUUGUUCUGUACGACAUUAAAUCUUUAAUAAAGUGAUUAAAAAACAUUAAAUGUAAAAUCUA